CAGACUCGGGGUAGUCGGUCUGUAUCAACCGAGAGAGGCACUUGGAGAGCGAAUGACUUUCUGCGGACCGGCCGUAGAAGAUAUAGGUUCUAAACUCAGCCUAUUCAUAUUAACGAAAUGCGCCUUAGUUGGAAACGAUGGACUGUGUGCACCAUUAGUAUUCUGUUGAUAUUUUACAAGACGAAAGACAUCGCAAGAAGUGGGGAACAUCAGGAAGCCCAACUCAUAAGAGAUGGUGAGCUAAUAGCCUCCAGACUGAUGGUCAACGGCUCGGAGAGGAGAGGAGGUGGCGGGAGCAGGAUGGUGCCCGACGUCCCGCAGCCCUCCGCGGACGGCUGGAGGGUGAACUCCACGCUGGUGCUCAUGAUAAGGAAGGACAUCUUGCGCUUUCUGGACGCGGAGCGCGACGUUUCCGUGGUGAAGAGCAGUUUUAAGCCGGGCGACCUCAUCCACUAUGUGCUGGACCGGCGCCGGACGCUGAACGUCUCGCGCACGCUGCACAGGCUGCUGCCGGAGGUCUCGCCGCUCAAGAACCGGCGCUUCAGGACCUGCGCGGUGGUGGGCAACUCGGGGGUGCUGCUCGGCAGCGGAUGUGGACCCGAAAUAGACAGCCACGACUUUGUGAUAAGGUGUAACUUGGCGCCGCUGGUGGAGUUUGCCGAUGACGUGGGCCUGCGUUCCGACUUCACCACCAUGAACCCGUCGGUGAUCCAGCGCGCCUACGGGGGCCUGCUCAACGUCACCGACCGCGAGCGCUUCGUGGAGCGGCUGCGGGCGCUGAACGACAGCGUGUUGUGGAUCCCCGCCUUCAUGGUGAAGGGCGGCGAGAAGCACGUGGUCAACGUCAACGAGCUGAUUUUGAAGAGGGAGCUCAGCGUGCGCACCGCGUACCCCUCCCUGCGACUCGUCCACGCCGUCAGGGGGUACUGGCUCACCAAUAAAAUCCACAUCAAGAGGCCAAGCACAGGAUUACUGAUGUACACAUUGGCCACUCGAUUCUGCGACGAGAUCCACCUCUACGGGUUCUGGCCCUUCCCCAAAGACUCUCAAGGGAACCCGGUGAAGUACCACUACUACGACACGCUCAAGUACCGCUACUUCUCCAGCGCAGGCCCACACCGGAUGCCACUGGAAUUCAAGACCCUGAAAACGUUACACAGCAAAGGCGCGCUGAAGCUGACAACCUCGCAGUGCACGCAGUCCUGAAGUGCUCUUGUAGGUUACUCAUGAUGUCGCUCAGCAGACAACAAAGGAGAAUUGCAAAGGACAGUGUUUGGACUUUCACCAAAAAAGAGAUGUGUAAGAGACACGAUGGGUGAUGGUUCAGCUUGGCUCUUUGGGAGAAUGGGCUCUGAGCGUAUCACCUUAGUGUGCCUUCAGUAUUGGAACCAGGGAACAACUGGAUGUAGACGUAAAGAAGUUUGUUCAAUUAUUAUGCACUUUGCAUUGGGUGCGGUAUGUUUCUAUAGUACUCCAAUGUAAUGUGGAGUUCUAUGACCUCUUAGAGAGUCACACACUGUAAUAUCUGCAAUCUUGUUUGGUCACAUUGAACCAUCACACACAUAAAGUACAAUAAUCUGAAUGUCCCGGGCAGUCAGACAGAUUCUCUGUCAAAAAAGAAGCAAUUUGGAUGUGCUGAAAGGGACUGGGUUCCCUUAUAUUAAACCCAAAGAUGGUCAUUUCUGUUUUGUUACAAUUUUUUUCCAAUGGUGUACUUUUUAGAAUCUAGAGGCCUCAGGUCAAAAAUUAUUUUUGUAUGUUUAGACAGUAGCCAAUGUGAAUUUCACACAUGCUAUUUAUAUAAUUGAUUCAGCUUCGUACACUAAUGUGCAUUUGCUUGGACGAUUUUCCUCUUUUGUAAAACUUGGAUGUAAAAAAGAAAUGCUGAAUGUACUAUAACUGCCUAUAUGGUUUGGGCUAUACAGUAUUGUGUACUCUAGUUCAUAGUAAAAGUAAUACUUUCGGACUAUAGUGCUCAAAUUUACCGCAAAGUUGGGCUGUUUUCAUAUUCCACAGACACUUGACACUUGAGUUAUGUCUUUCAUGCAUUCAGACACAUGGCAUCACGAGGCAAUAUAUUACACAAAUGCAAGACAUUUGCAUCAUGUGAUUUUGCCAUUGCAGAGACAUAUCUCUUGCCAAAUCUCGUGCCAUGAUUCGGAAGCUAAUCUUUUCAUAUCGACACACACUUGACACAAGCAUUGCCUAAAUGUUUUGGUGCUGCUGAACCAUUUGACUCUAACAGUCUGUAUAUAAAAUCAUCAAUACUGAAAAUAAUAUUUUACAUGCCAUAUUAGCAUUAUUUAGUGUUCAGCCUGAUUGCAGCUGAUAAACAGUAUUAUCAAACGAAAUUACACAUGAAAUUGCAAAUCUUGAACUUUGCAUUAAUAACUCCAUUAAAUCUUUGUUGUGCUUCAGCAUAAACUGUUAGUUAAAACCACUCAAGUCAGGUAUCAGCACUGUUCUUAUGUAUAUACAUGUAGUCUAUUCAAUUUAGUGCAACAGAUAGGCUAUGAAUUGGAAUGUCCUUAUUAACUUGAUGUAAUAAACUGUGAUCUGCCUUUUGUAAUGAAUAGCCUAUGUGUUCAUCUGGAAUGGUUAAGGAAAAGGUCAUUGAAACUGUGCCCCAUGCAGUUUUAUUUUGUAAUUUUAAUUUAUUUAUUCUUAUUCAUGUGGAGUCUGAUGUGUUGAAUUUUAUUUGUAUUGGGUUCUUAUGUUUGUUAAAAUGUUUUGUACUUAAAAUACAACCGACUAAGGUGUUGAAUGUUCUAGGGUAGUAAUUUGGGCAGUUUUAAAAAGAAAUUUGAUAUUUUUUCCUCUGCAUUUCAGUUUAUUUUUGUUUUCUUUUUCAUAUCAAAUUUCUAUGUUUGUGAAAUGC